AGAUAACCCUAGGCUAGCGAGAGAGAGAACUGGCUGUCACGAAAUGGCGCUCGCUUCUGCUGCUACGGAUUCACCGAUUCAAACUACAUCCGAGACCAAUGACAAUAAUCUCCAGACAUUCUUCGUCCUUCACAAAGCAUCAUCCCGAAAAUCCGAGAAAAGAUCAACUGGAACUGGGAAAACCCGAAGGCGAAUCGAUUUAUCUCCAUCAUCACCUAAGAAGACCGAUAAAUCGGAGGCAGAGAGAGCUGAAGAGUGGGAUGAGCGCCGCUACGAGCACUUGCGUAUGGAAGCUUUUGAGCUUGUUUGGUCUAGAAUCGACUUGACCAUCAAGGAUGUUUUGAGGGGUAUCAAUACUAAUGUAUUGAACGAGAUACAUAGCUGGGUCUGUGAGUCCUUCAAUGCUAUUAAAUCAUUUGGAACACUUGGUUUCGCCGAAGCAACUAGGUCUUUUCCAAUUGUGGCCGCUGCUACCUGUAAACGACUGUUCACUGGGCUAAUUCUGACCAAGAAUAUGGAGUUUGUUGAUGAUCUACUGACAUUUGAAGAGCUUGGCCUUUCUUUGAGAUCUCAUGGAUGCCAUGUGGCUAACCUUUCAUCCAUGGACUUCUCAGCCAAGAAUGGGAUUGGUGGUUGCCUUAGAGGUUUUUUGAGACAGUUCUUAACAACUACGUUGGAUGCAGCUGACAUAUCCAUCUUAGCAUCAUGGUACAGAGAACAAGACAACCACGAUUCUCCAGUGGUUGUGAUUAUAGAUGAUAUGGAACGAUGUUGUGGGUCUGUCUUAUCUGACUUCAUCCUUAUGUUGAGCGAAUGGGUUCUAAAAAUUCCAAUAAUUAUUUUAAUGGGAGUUUCCACAACACUGGAUGCUCCAAGAAACAUCCUUCCUUCAAAUGUGCUCCAGCGCUUGUGCCCUUCUAAGUUCAUAUUAGGAUCCCCAGCUGAGAGAAUGGAUGCUGUUGUUGAGGCAGUCCUUGUGAAGCAGUGUUCUGGGUUUAGUGUUGGUCACAGGGCGGCUGUUUUCUUGAGAAACUACUUCCUAAACCAGGAUGGAACAUUAACAUCUUUUAUUAGAGCUUUGAAGAUAGCAUGUGCCCAGCACUUCUCCAUGGAGCCUCUGAGCUUCAUACUUGGUGACCUGCUUGUUGAAGAAAAGCAAAAGGGUGAGAAAAUUUGUUUACUACCAGAGGUAAUAUUGAAGCAUGCUUCUCAGCUUCCAUCUUAUGUGAGGAAUCAAAUGGCUGAUCAGACUGCUAAAAGUUUGGUUCAUGGUUUCUCAGAAUUGAAGAGAUUGCAGAAGUGCUGGAGCAUUGUGGUCUUGUGCCUCUAUGAAGCAGGGAAGUGUAAUAAAAUCCGGCUGCUAGACUUAUUAUGCGAGGCGCUUGAUCCAGAUUUGUACAUCUCAAGGGCUUCCAAUAAUCAUGUGGAGCUAGAUAAAGAUUCUGGAUUAGGUAUGGCUAGUGAUCGUUGUAAGCGUCGAAAGUAUUCUACCUUUCAAAAGGGUGGCAUUAUCUCUCAGAUAGUACGCAAAGUGAGGGAUCUUCCUGCAGUGAUGCUCUAUCAGUUGUUAAAGAGUUGGGAAAACAUUACUGUGGACAUUCUUGAGAUCCAUGAAAAAUUGAAGGAGUUGCAGUCUGUGUUGAGAUUUGAAGAUGGCAAGUUGAAACAAAAUGUUGAUGACAUAUCCAAGAGACAUUCAUCUUGGAGCCCUUUAAAUAUUGAGAAGGACUCAAAAGCAAUAAAUGAGAAAGCUGCCACAUUACUAGAUUGCUUGGUCAGGGAUUAUUUGAGGCCUAUGGAGUGCAUACCUUUGCAUGAAAUUGUGUGCUUUAAGAAUGUUGAGAAACUUCAAUUGGCUUUAAUUGGAGACCCAAGAAGAAGGAUCCAAGUUGAUCUUCUGGAGUUUUACAAAAUUCUGCAGUGUAGUUGCUGCAGCAAGAGUGGAAAUGUCCUUUUGCCAUCUAUGCACGAUACCUCAGUUAUGUACACUCUAGCUCAGGAACAUGGUGAUCUUAUCAAUCUGCAUGACUGGUUCCAAUCUUUCAAAACAGUUGUUCUUCAACCUAGUACAAAAGGCAAACACAAGUCGAAACAGUCCCCACUAUCAAAGAAAAGGAAGCAUAAAUACGAAUCUGAAAACAAGAGUGAAGCUUCAAUUCAAGCAAGGUUUUGCAGGGCAGUUACAGAGCUGCAGAUUACGGGGCUCCUUCGGAUGCCUAGCAGAAGACGUCCUGAUUGUGUGCAGAGAGUGGCCUUUGGUCUCUAACUAGUGGAGCUAUUGAAGAAGCUUAGUCGGCAUUGCUUCGAUCUAUUUUAUGCGAAGUUAGUUUUUAUUUUAUUUUUGUGCAGUUGUACUCAAAGGUAGUCUUAUUUUACAUUUACCAAUCUAACCAAUAUAUUUCAUCAAAUAUCAAAAAGAUUGUUCCAGAAGCACUUGGGAUCCUAAGAGCUGUAUAAAAGCUUAUGUACACACAAUUAAGAUUGUAUUUAAACUAUGUAAGAUACUUAAAAUUGUAACAUAUUACUAUGCUUUACAGUUGA